UGAUCCAAAAUGGAAACCACCACCACGAUUACAUUUCCAUUCACACUGCAAGUUGCCACGCUAAUUCUCAGUGUGUGCGUGUGCAUACUGCUGCUGCUAUUGCGUACCCAAACCAAGAAGCAUCCCGCCGACCAACGACUCCCGCCCUCGCCACCGCGCCUGCCGAUCGUCGGCAACCUCCACCAACUCGGCGCGCUCCCACACCGCGCCCUGCACGCGCUCGCCGUGGCGUACGGACCCGUCAUGCUGCUCCACCUCGGCCGCGUGCCAACCCUGGUCGUCUCCUCCGCCGACGCGGCGAGAGAAGUGCUCCAGCUGCAGGACCAUGCCUUCGCCAGCCGGCCGUCGCUCGCCAUCCCGAGUCGUCUCCUCUACGGCUGCACCGACAUCGCCUUCGCGCCCCACGGCGCCUACUGGCGCAGCGUGCGCAAGCUCGCCGUGCUCCACCUCCUGAGCCCCGGCAGGGUGCGCGCCUACCGCGGCGUGCGCGAGGAGGAGGUGGCCAAGCUGGUACGGACGGUGGAGGAGGAACGAGCGCAAGGCGGCGGCGUGGUGCGGCUCAGCGAACUCCUGGGCGGCUUCGCCAAGGAUGUGAACGGGCGGAUUGUGCUCGGGGUGCGCGCCUCGGGCGCAGCCGGGUGGCGUGCCAAGGUGGACGCGCUGCUGGAGGAGGCCAACGCCCUCCUCGGGGCGUUCCACGUCGGCGACUACUUCCCGUGGCUGGCGUGGGUGGCCGCCGUCGACGGGACGGACGCCAAGGUGAGCAGGGCGUUCGAGAGGAUCGAUCGGAUCCUCGAGGAAAUCGUCGACGUUGCCGCGACCACCGGCGUGGGAGGUUGCCGUCGCGAGGACGAGGCGUUCGUGCAUGUGCUGCUGUCGCUUCAGAGAGAAUCGAGCGAGACAGGGUUUCGCUUGAGCAGGGACAACGUCAAGGCACUACUAGAGGAUUUGUUCGGAGCAGGGACAGACUCGACCAUCAUCGUCCUCGAAUGGGUCAUGGCCGAGCUUCUCCGCAACAAGCCAGUGAUGCAGAAGCUACAACAAGAAAUCAGGCGCCACUAUACCAAGACUAGUCACUUACUAAUGAUUACUGAGCAAGACCUUCCAGUGAUGGAGUACCUUAGGGCCGUUAUCAAGGAGACGAUGCGGUUGCACCCACCUGGGCCUCUUCUUGUUCCCCGUGAGUCUAUGCAACACGCGAGGGUCCAAGACUAUCACGUCCCUAGUGGGACUCGGGUCAUUGUGAAUGCAUGGGCCAUCGGGAGAGACCCUGCAGCAUGGGAGCAUGUCGGAGAGUUCUGGCCGGAGCGGUUUAUCAACAGCAAGGUGGACUUUCGCGGGCAACAUUCCCAACUCAUACCUUUCAGUGCAGGUAGGAGGAUGUGCCCCGGGAUAGGGUUCACAACCACUGUCGUGGAGCUCACGCUUGCUAACCUUGUGGGGCACUUCGACUGGGCGAUUCCAACGUCGGUGGUGGUGGUGGAUAUGGAAGAGGCGCCAGGAAUCACGUCACGAAAGAGGGUGCCAAUUUACGUCGUGGCGACAGUGGCACUUCAUGAGUAACCCAGGUUACAUAUGCACCAAUGUUCUUGAACAUGUUCAAUUAUAUUUGUACGUGUAGAUUAGAUGUUAGAUUUGUGCUUGGAGUACAACACUAUGAGCAACCCACGGUAAUAGGUUACAUGCGUUAUUGUUGUUCAUACGUGAGUUGGUUAUAUGUUGGACCUUUUCUUCGCCAUAUGUAAUUACAUGUUAGACUUGCGUGUGGGUAGGAUGUUGUUGAGAUAACAUAUGUGUAUGUUGUUGAAAAUGUGUUGAAUAUGUGUG